CAAGGUGUGCAACUGAAACGCCACCUAGUAGCCUAAAUUACGAUUUACUUCUAACGCAUAUUGUCAUGUACUAAAAUCAUCAAUCGAGGCCAUUUUGUCAUACACGUGUGUGGUGAAAGAACUAAAUUUACAGAGUUUUACUACAAUGACCUACAAGCGACGUAAGUACCAUCGUGGUGAAACGCACAUUCGGAAAAAAUAUAAAGGAAAAAGGCGCACUAAAGAUCUGGAUGAAAUUGACAACGAUUUGAAAAACAACUCAGAAAAUCUUCUAGCCCAGAAGAUUGAUGUUGAAAAAGCUGGUAAUGCACAGUACUACUGUAUACAUUGCGCGAGAUACUUUAUAGACGAGCAUUCCCUUACUCAACAUUACAGGACUAAAGUUCAUAAACGUAGGCUGAAAGCCUUAGAGCUAGAGCCCUAUACUAUUGAAGAGUCAGAAAGAGCAGCAGGCCUUGGUGGGAAUUACAAAGCCCCUGUAAAGAGGAAAAUUGAAACCAUCCUUCCUAAAGUGAUGAGUGAUAAAAUUGAUGUUGAUCAGGAACCAGAUUUAAAAAAACAGUGCCUAAACACACAAGGAGAAUAAAACUUGAUCAUGGCUCUCAGAA